CAGAUAUACCACUGUUAGCUUAUCAGUAAAGCACUAGAAAUACUGAACAUUUUGAUAAUUCUUGUACAUUCGGUUUGGACUCCUUCUGAUGUGUUGAGAGCUUCAUCAGACAGGAAGAGAUGACGACUUUUAUUCUAUUGACAUGCAUUCUACCUGCAUUUACAGUCUCCCUCGGUGACUGGCACCAUCCACAUUACAGUUUUCGCUGUUUAGAGAAUGGCGAUGUUGAUUUGUAUGGACUUCACAAUGGAAGCACCGUGUAUCUGGAGAAUUCUGAGUGCAACAACAGUUUAUCAGCAAAUGGAAAGACACCAGUUCCUAUUAUGCUCCAUUGUUUGAACAAAACUAAGUCGGCAGAGAAUAUGUCAAUUACAACUAUAAAUAUCAUCGUCUACGAUCCAAUCUUUGAUACAACAACAAAGGAAACGUCACCAGAACCUGAUAUCAUAGGAGGUAUUGGUGCUCACAUAUUUACCAUUGUGUGUAAUGAAAUUCCUAAGGACGGAGUCAACAAGACUGUUGCACAUGUAUUCCAAGGAACGGAUAGCCAUCAGCUUCCGAAAAAUUACAAGGAAGUCGAUGGUGUAGAGAUGAGAUUUAAAGCUGCUGAUAACCCGGACGCUCCAGAUAUCAGCAGUAUCUACGUAGGAGACGAAUUUUACAUGUUUCUCAAAUACAUGGGAGAAACGAACUACAUACUGGUUCCACGAAAGUGUGAGGCAAUUGAAGGAACGAUGGUUCCUAAAAACCACAAUGUGGACCAUGUAAACCACGUAGACUUAUGGAAAUACAAUUCACCAAAUACAUGUGCCAGUCAUCGUGAACUCCUUGUAGACUUUACAAGGGUGCAUUCCAGCACAGUUGUUGCACAGAUGUAUGGUUUUCGAUUCUCUGGCAACAACUAUUACGUAACGAUUACCUGCGAUGUUACAAUGUAUCCUCCAGAAAAGAACAAGAAUGAUACAUGUUUGGCACCCCCACAGCGUCGUAAACGUAGUAUUGAACUAAAGACCCAUCAAGUGUCUAAGACGAUGCAAAUAUUUGACAGCAAGAAUAGCUACCAAUCCGAAAAUAGAAGCCAAUGCAACCAUUGUGGAAUCUCUGUUUGGAUUGUUGCACUGAUCACAACUACUCUGUACCGACAGCUGUAAACAAAGGACUAUACAGUUAAUCAUAAAAAUGCAUGAUUUGAUUUUGAUAUAAUUUGUAAGCGAGUACUGGAUAUCAACUUUCACUGAUUAUGUGUCAGCAAUACGACAAUUACUGUAGUAUUGUAUAGUGUACAAUACAUGCAAACUAGCCCUUACAUCAUUUAAAGAAUUUGACGUUUUGUAUCUCAUGAUCAUUGUAAUCCUGAAAUAUAUUAUCAUUGUCAUCACGUUAUAUGAUAUAAUAAAAUGCAAUCAAAAACAUA